GUUGCGUGGUCGGAAGAAAACGUCGCGAUGGAGCGCACUGCUGACACAACUUUGAACGAUGUGCGCUGCAUUAUGAUUGCCGGUGGAGCUGGGUUCAUGGGGUCAAACUUUACCAGAUACAUGCUCCAGCGGCAACACGGACAACUUGGACGAGGUCUGCGAAGACCCAAGGUAUGUAUUUGUUCGUGGUGACAUUUGUGAUGCCGACGCUGUGCACACUGCAAUCGUGACCCAUGGUGUUGACACUAUCAUCAAUUUUGCCGCCGAAACCCACGUCGACAGGUCGAUUUUGGACCCGGCGGUCUUUGUCCAAACCAACGUGGUCGGGACGUGCAUGUUAUUGGAGUGCGCACGGCGGCACAGCCUUCGGCGAUUCCAUCAGAUUAGCACCGAUGAGGUGUAUGGCCAGGUUCUGACCGACCGUCCGAGCGGCGAAGCCGAUGCACUCGACCCGCGAAGUCCGUACGCUGCCACCAAGGCCAGCGCGGAUCUCCUCGUGAUGUCGUACUUUACAACAUUUGGUCUUCCCGUGACCAUAACAAGAGGGUCCAACAAUAUCGGACCUUUUCAGUACCCUGAGAAAGUUGUCCCGCUGUUUACGACCAAUGCCAUCGACAGCCUGCCGUUACCAGUGUAUGGCAACGGCCUUCAGCGCCGCGAGUACCAAUACGUGUGGGACCAUUGCGAGGCGGUCGACAUCGUGCUCCAUCACGGCACCGCAGGGGAAAUUUAUAACGUCGGGACUGGCCAGCCAACGACGAAUUUGGAAAUGACCGAGCUGAUCCUCGACACCCUUGGAAAGCCGCGGCACCUCAUUCAACACGUCCAGGAUCGACCGGGACACGACCAGUGUUAUCAAUUGAAUAUCUCCAAGAUGGGCCAGCUGGGAUGGCGACCGACGCACUCUCCCCAAGACGCUAUCAAGAAAACCGUUCAGUGGUAUGUCGACAACGAGUCGUGGUGGCGAAAAGCAAAAGGCGGCAACUUUGUGCAAUAUUACAAUAACCAGUACAGCCAUUGCCGUUUGCUACACGAGUAACCCAUUGCACGUGUUAUCUCGAAUUUUGCCAGUGCGAAAAUUCGCUCCAACGUUCGUGUCUGCAAGGAUCACGUCUCCCAUGUGAUCUGCGAUGGUCGUGCGGCGAUACAACAUGCAUACCAGACGAAGCCAGAGCAAUCCAACUAAACACUAAAAUAUGGUUGAGAUUUCGCUGAAC